UUAAGCACAUAGUGCUCGACUGCAAACGCGUCUCCCCCAAAGCAGAAACGAGCUCGGUUUUGGCACCGAUAGAUUGGAUCAUCUAAAAGGAGACUCGAGUACUGGUGGAAAGAAUCGGAUAAAAGCCACAAAGCAGUAGGCAUAUACGAACGAAGGCUAGGGCGAAGUUCACCCGAAACAGGCAAUGCUGGCAAUGCCGCUAACAACAUCAUCAUCAUCGUCGUCGAUACUUUGCUUUGGCCGCUUUGGUGGAUUUGGUAUUCCGUAACUACCUCAGUUUCUGACUUGGGAAUCCUGUCAAUGAAACCUUCUGAGGGUCGUGUUCACAAAUCACAAACUUCGAAACCAUUUCCUUCAUGGAGUAUCACCGAAUUUGAAGAAAGGCACACCACUGUAGCCCGCACCUGACAAGAGGAGGCUUGAUGCAGUCUUUGCCAUGUCCUCACUUCUACGCCCUACGAAGGAGCGCUUGGACGCAGUGGAGGAGCGCGUGGCAGAUGUUCGGCACGAACUAGCUUGCAUCGUCACCCUCUUUGAGGAAUUAACGGACAUCCCCAUCUCGGGCCGACCCAGGCCCACCCCACCAGAAGCUGCCCCACAUGCGAACUGCGGUGAUGCCCCUGCACUACGUCGGAACAUGCUUCCUGCAGAGCUGCCAGCUGCACCUGUCCGCCCCGUGGCCGCAGAACCGGACCCCAGACAGCAGCCUGGGGUGGCCUUUCUUCUGCCGCCUCCGGAGGACACCUCUUGUUUGUGUCCUUGGGAGGUGGCAGACUUCCUGUCCAGGGCCUGGAGUCUGGAAGGGCGGGCAGACAGAUGCCGCCGCCCUAAGGGAGCACUGACAUUGAAGCUCCCUUUCCUCCAGGUUCCGACCCUCGACAGGGAGAUCUUGGCCUUCGGAGUGGGGCGCUCUAUCCCAAUUGAUCAGGCUCGGGAUAAGAGACUCCAGCAGCUCCAGAAUUCCAUGCUGGAGAUACUGGAGCCUCUGGCAUCCCUCCUGUCAGGGGCAGUGGAGCACCCCCCAACGAAGGCCGCCGUGGCAGCAGCGGUGGCCAGGGCCACGGCCAUCACGGCCCGGACUAAUGGCUUGCUAUUAAAGGAGCGCCGAGAGGGAGCCCUGGCGGCCUUCCCAGACUCCAUACGAGCCACGAUACCGGACCUGCCUGAACCGUCGGGGGACGAUGCCUCCAAUCUGUUUGGGCGUCACUUCUUGACAGCCCUUCAGGCCAAUGCUGCCUGGCUCAGCGCUAUGGACUCUGCCGUGGAUGCGUGGAAGAAGCGGCCGGCAACAAAGGACGCACAGGUGCAGAAGCGCCCCCGAGUGCGCCUGCGCCAAUUUUUGAGUGCUCGGCAGCCAUUUCCAGCACCCCUUCCCCAGUUCGCGGCCAACCAAGGGAGUGGAUAUGGUCGACGAGGUGGAGCAUCCCGCUCCAGGGCGCAGAUGCGGGGGCACGCCAGGCCCUACCCAUGACAGCAGCCAGUGGUAUCAACAAUAUCACCAACACACUUGUGAAUAAAUGUUUCAGCCCUUUUAA